CGAUGCUCUCCCACGUGUCGCUCGUGUCGUUUCUCGAGCGGCGUCUCGACUGUUCGAGCCGCUGACGCUGCAAAGCAUGUGUCCAAAAGUAUAUCAACAUUGCACGCGGCGGACGUGAACUGCACGCACAGGCCCAGCACAAGGUAGUCUGGAGGGGACAGUCAGCAGCGACCAGUCGGCGGCGUCGGUCUCGAAUCCGAGCCACGCAGCAGCAAUAUUUAUAUCGUCGUAAAGUUUAGGCUAUAUCGAAUUGUCAGUCUCGCGGUUUGUUUGGUUAUAUCGUGGCUAAAGAAGCAUCGUCGAACUUUCGCGAGCUCGCGAGUGUCUCCGGAGUGUUUUCCGUUUAUCCCGUGCUGGUGAUCAGCACCGCCACGAUCCCAAGAUGAGCGACGUAGACUCCAUGAUGUACGGCACGACUCUGUCAACGGAGUCGAUGAAAGUCAUCGCUGAGAGCAUCGGCGUUGCCAAUUUGCCGGACGAGGCGGCCAAAGACCUGGCCGAGGACGUCAGCUAUCGGAUAAAGCAGAUACUCCAGGACGCGACCAAGUUCAUGCGCCACGGCAGAAGGUCCAGGCUCACGACGCACGACGUCGAUCACGCCCUGAGAGCCAAGAACGUCGAGCCCACCUACGGCUUCUUCGCCAAGGAGCACAUUCCCUUCCGCUUCGCUUCGGGCGGUGGCAGAGAGUUGCACUUCACCGAGGAGAAGGAAUUCGAUCUGACCGAGCUCGUAUCCACAGCUGGUGCCCAGAGCUGGCCAAAGCUGCCUUUAGAAACUAAUUUAAGAACUCACUGGUUGUGCAUCGAUGGUAUUCAGCCAACGAUACCUGAAAAUCCACCGCCUGUAUCCAAAGAGGUCCAAAAACUAGAGAGUACAGAUCCAAUAAGUAGUAAAAACAGUAAUCCUAAUCUUGGUAAACCGGGUCACAAAAGCCACAAAUUACGUAACGUUGAGACUGUACAUGUUAAACAAUUAGCCACUCAUGAAUUAAGUGUAGAACAGCAACUUUACUAUAAAGAAAUUACUGAAGCCUGCGUGGGAGCCGAUGAAGGGAGAAGAGUCGAAGCCUAUCAGUCUUUAUCAGCGGAUCCUGGCUUACACGAGAUGUUAGCUCGCAUGUGUACAUUUAUUGCUGAAGGCGUAAAAAUUAAUGUAGUACAAAAUAACUUAGCGAUACUCAUCUAUCUAAUGAGAAUGGUCAAGGCAUUACUGGAUAAUCCAAGCCUUUAUUUAGAAAAAUAUUUACACGAAUUGAUACCAUCAAUUGUUACUUGCAUAGUAUCAAAGUCUUUGUGUUCAAGACCAGAAAUGGAUAAUCAUUGGGCCUUAAGAGAUUUUGCUUCUCGUCUAAUGGCGCAAAUUUGUAAAAAUUUCAAUACUACCACAAAUAAUAUUCAAACUAGAAUAACAAGAUUGUUUAGUCAUGCACUGAUCAAUAUCAACCAAGCCAAUUUAAAUUCAUUGUAUGGUGCAAUCCAUGGAUUAUGUGAACUUGGUCCAGAUGUCAUAAAAGCAUUAGUGAUUCCAAAAAUAAGAGUUAUCUCUGAUCGUAUUGAAGUAUGUUUUGAGGGAGUCAAUUCAUCAAGCAUAGAUCGAAAUGCUGCUGGUCACAUAAAAACAUUGCUUAUUAAAUCAGUGGCUCCUAUAUUAAAAACUAUAAGAUCAGCACCAGAUGUUGUUGAAGAGUACGAACAAGAAUUUGGCUAUAUAGGGCCAGCAUUGUGCACUGCUGUCUCUAAAAAUCGCACAACACCUGCUGCUCCUAUCUCUUCUGGUAAUAUUCCUGUAACCAACAAUACUAAUCAACAAGUUGCAGUGAAUAACACCAAAACUAUUCCACCAAAAGUAGUGCUCGGUGGCAGUGGAAUUACGGCAGGAACAAUUUCAAGUGGACAAAAGUAUGUUAUUGUUUCUAGAAAUCCUGCCACUGGAGCAGUACAAUCACAGCAGCAAGUUCAAGUGCAAUCUUUACCUUCUACGGCACCAGUGCAACAACAGCCACAAGCACAACCAGUUCAAGUACAGCAAGUACAACAAAUGCAAGUGCAGCAAGUACAGCAAGCACAGCAAGUACAGCAAGUACAGCAAGUACAGCAAGUACAGCAAGUACAGCAAGUACAGCAAGUGCAGCAAGUGCAACAAGUGCAACAAGUACAGCAAGUGCAAGUGCAACAACAACCUCAGACAAUUCAGCAAGUUCAGGUACAGAAACCAGCUCAAGGCACAAAAGUAAUGGUGGUUGGUAUGCCUAAUGCCGCAAGCACCCCAUUGAAGCCACAACAGCAAGUAAUUGUAACGCAGAAUUCACUCGAGCAGUUCACGGAAUCCAUGGAUGUUGAUUCUGAUCGAUAGGACAAGCAUCAAGUUGUUUUUGUACAAAAUUAGUUAGCCUUAAACAUGCAAGUGAUAAAGAACUGUCUAAAAAUUUGCGACUGUAAUUAUCAAUUUUUUUUUUCAUGUUUUGUAAUCUUGUAUUAAGAUUUUAUAAACGUAUUUAUUUAAGUUGUGUACAGCCUCAGUGCGACGUUGAGAGAUACUUUUUAUAUUAGUAACGAAAUGAGUUAUAAGUUGUUCUUUCUUUACUUUUUUUUUUUAUUUUUUUUUUUUUAUUGCAAGCAACAAACUCAUUAAUGCACCGAGUGUGAAAAUGUUCAUUCAUGUAUAGACUUUAAUGUAAAUAUACAACGCCAGAGAUUCAUUAUGAUAAA